CAUGGCUUCCACCGAUGAGCAGAAGAUCAUCCUGGUCAGCUCUGAUGGCGUCAACAUCCAGACUGNAUCGCAUCAUCGCCGAGCGCUCGAUGCUGAUCAAGAACAUGAUCGAGGAUCUGGGUACCCCCGGCGAGGAGCCUAUCCCCAUCAUGAACGUUCUCGAGUGGUGCGACCACCACAAGAAGGACCCUCCCCCGGAGAAGGACGAGGACGCCGAAUCCCGCAAGAAGACCACCGACAUCGAAGAGUGGGACCAGAAGUUCAUGCAGGUCGACCAGGAGAUGCUCUUCGAGAUCAUCCUCGCCGCCAACUACAUGGACAUCAAGGCCCUCCUUGACGUCGGCUGCAAGACCGUCGCAAACAUGAUCAAGGGCAAGUCCNCCGAGGAGAUUCGCAAGACGUUCAACAUCCAGAACGACUUCACCCCUGAGGAGGAAGAGCAGAUCCGCCGCGAGAACGAGUGGGCCGAGGACCGC